UAGUAAUUAAACAGUAUGUCGUCUUCACGGCCAGUGACUCCGAAUCUGAGACGGAGUAGUGGCAAUAACAAUAGUAAUAGUGGAGGCUCACAUAGGCGACAUCUGCAUCGAUCAUCGGGGAUUUAUUUGUUAACGCAAUCUCCCAAAAUUCAUUACCCCAUAGAUCCGGAUCAUUUACCAUUAGAGUCAGCAUUAAAUACUGAAAAGUUUGAAAGGUUAAGUGAUUCGUUAGAAGAAUUGGAUGCGAAUUUGACCAAUUUACAAUCCAUUCAUGAAGCUAUAUCAGGACAAUUCAAUGAAUCAUUUGCCAGUUUCUUAUAUGGAUUAAGUAUUACAAUGUGGUGUGUAGAUUUUCCUGGAUGUCCAACAAAGGAAAGUUGGGCUAAAUUACAAUCAAGAAGAGAAUUGAAUGAACGAAUUAAAGGUCUUGAAGAAAAAGUUAAACAAUCGAAAUCGAAAAAUGAAGAUUUGAAGAAGAAAUUAAGAGAAGUAUCUGUAUCGUCUAGAGCUCCUAUUAUACCUGAUAAAAGAUCAUUAUUUAGUUCAAAUCAUGCAACUCAUAUAGUUGAUGAAGAUGAGAGUCCAUCGUUUGCAUCAACAAAUUCUGCUACUGCUAAUGCUAUUGCUAUGGCUACUGCUUUUGCUACUGGUACUGCUACUACCACCACACCAUCAUCAAGAUUAUCAAGAAUCCCACAGCCGGUAAAUAGAUCUAACCAAGAAGUGACAGUUAGUACCACAACAUCCAGAAGAGUGGGACCCAAUUUAAAUCAACCACCUCGAUAUCUUAAAGGAUUAUUUGAUAGUAGUAAUACUAGAUCAUCUGCACAUACUGGAUCAGCAACGGGUCCUACAGCCUCAUCCAUAAUUAGAUCUACAAAAUCAAAAUCUAUUUUGAAUACGUCUGCACGAAGAAAUCCGGUUAAUGCUCCACCCAAUAGAAUAUCGAAACAACGGCCAUUUAGGUGAAUUGCCACUCUUUAAUAAUUCAUAGCAUUUCUAUUCCACUUAUGUAUUAGUACCA